AUGGUAAAAACAGGCUCUUGGCGCUAUGAUCAGGGCCAUGACGAUUAUGCGAGCUGUGAAGCUCUACAUCUGGGAAGCGGAAUUCUUUUGCGGGCCCAUAAAGAUAAUCCCAUCUCGCUUUACAACGAUAUCCAGUUCACCAGCUAUUGCGACGAUCAACGGCCGCUCUACUCGGCACUCAUACGAACGGCUCAGACAUUCCCAUACUUGGAACAAAUUCAGCAGGACUGGAAGGCUUUCAUAUCGUCCCCCGACAGCAGCCGUGGUCCCUUCAAAUAUAGCAUCUACGCGAUCCUCCUGUCGUUCACGGCAAACUUCGUGAUAGCACUCUCCUUGACCGUCAUUGUCUUUAUUACCGUGCGACAGAAACCAUACCGAGGAGCGUCCAAUCUGCUGAAAUUGGGCAGCUCUCUGGCAUCGAUCAAUCUCACGAUUUUUGUCGCUAAAGCCAUGAGCGCCCUUAAAGAAGACCACAUCAAUAAAGGCAUAGUUUCUACAAACGUCGUUUUGAACCUGCUGUGGAAUGAUCUGACUUUCGCCUGUCUGGACUUGCUCGUUGUGCUAAUCUGCGAGUUGUGCCAGGUUCAGAUCGUAAUGAGACUAUUUUCUCGCGUUCGCGAGAAAAGAUUUGUUUUCCUCGCAGGCGUGGUCUUAUCGCUCAUCUCACAAGUGCUGUGGGCAAUCCCUUCUUUCACACAAAUCGGCAAGAAUCACUCUAUGGGCCUGUCGUACGACACAGACGGACUCAUCCUGUUGUCACCCUUCGUAUACCUCAUGCGAAUUACAUUUUCUGCGUUUUACGCUAGCAUCAUAUGUUUCAACGUUUUCAUCAAACGAAAUCUCUGUUUGCAGAAUCAGCGAAUGAUUCUUCUCACUUUCAUCACUAUAUUGAUGAUCUUUAUGCAGCCCGCUUUCUUCGUUGCAGAUGUGACCAACGUCUGGGUUGAUGAUUUGAGUGAAAUCUUCAACACCACUUGUUACGUUGGUUCAGCGGUCAUUGUGUGGGAAUGGGUCGAUUACCUCUUGAUCUUGGAGAGAAAAGUGCAAGCGCAGAGCGUAUUAGGCCGUCCAGUUUAUGAAGACGAUCAACAGGACUACUACUUUGCCAAAUAUGCCUUGAAAACACAAGACAACCAAUUCCGUGGUAGCAACAUCAACACCACUAAUUCGAGCAGUAAUAGUGCAACAUAUGCGGACAUACCCGCUCAGGUUCCUCCUUCGAUGGAUAACAAUAAGGUUGAAUUUAACGAGCGCCCACCGAUUAAGGAGAGGUUACUGGAAGGCUGUACAAAGAUCAUAGACGGGAUGAUAUAUUAUACUGAUCAUUUCAUUGUCAAGGGUUUAGUCAUCAAAACGCUAAGUUUGCACUCAAAAAAUAGCAGCGAUGACUAUAGUAAACGGAAAGCCAAAGUGAGGAGAAGAAUCGGUCUGGAUAGACCAAAUGAAGUGUACGUCUAUGCGACCAGAGACGUUGUGUUUGAUUCAGAAGAAGAAGAACACCCGAGAGACGAGGAAGAAGAGGCUGGUAACAGCGUAGAAGACGCAAGGGCAGGUCAUUGA